AUGUUUUCAACCAUGAUUGCUGCUACUAAAGAAUACAUAUUCAGAGUUCGUGUGCCUAAUUCUUUGUUUGAAGUGUCUCUAUGUAUUCCUGUUAAACCCUGCCGAACUUUGAGGUACAAUGAACUUGUACAUAAAAUCCAAAUGUGUCUAAAGGGUAUGAUUGAUGACAUAAAUGAGUACUCGAUAUUAAUUAAAAGAAACAACGCAUUCUAUCAUGUUCAAGAUGACGCAGAUCUUUACUUUACGACAAGUUCUGACACAAGCUUCGAUAUUGAGUUAAAAAAGAUUUCUCAAAUAGGAGAUACAAGAGAUGCACGAAGAGAUUCAGCAAUAUCAUUAGAUGAUGAUUUAAAACAGUGUAUGCAGGGUAUAAAGCAGCCAUUACCAAAUCCCAUACCCUUUAACGACCCUUUUUUAUUACCCCAUGUACAGUCCACGGUUAAGCUGCCUAGAUUAUCGACUGUCAUCGCAUCCAUAGAUUUUAAUUUUCCUUGUUUUGAUAAGCAUAAAUUCAUGCCCCCUCUUUAUCCCCGGAAAAAGAAAACUCACAUACCAUCUCCUUUUGUCUGUAAACAUAUUAUUGAUCCAGUGACAGGGACAAUAUGCCAUCAAUCGUUUCGCAGGUCCUACGAUCUAUCAAGGCACCAAAUGAUUCAUUUGAAAUAUCGACCCUUAUUCCAUUGCACGCAUUGCGAUCGAAAGUUCACUCGAUUGGAUGCUUUACGAAGGCAUGAACGUAUCCAAAAGCAUAGUAGCCGUAUAAAUAAAAACGAAUGA